CAGCAGCAAUGGGAGGCCGUACAGGGACCCAUGAGACACUCUGGACCUGGCAGCAGCAUGAGGAGGCGGUACUGGGGCCCAUGGCAGACUGUGGACCUGGCAGCAGCAUGAGGAGGCAGUACAGGGGCCCAUGGCAGAUUAGGGGCCUGGCAGCAGCUAUGGGAGGCCGUAAUCUGCCAGCACCCUAUGACAAAAAAAUGGAACACACCAGCAGUGUGAGGAGACCUGAAAGUGGCACAUGGCAUGAGACACUGUGGACCUGGCAGCAGCAUGAGGAGGCGGGACAGGGGCCCAUGGCAGAUUAGGGGCCUGGCAGCAGCUAUG